CGACUCGCGUGUCCCGGAUCGCUGUCUUCCUGACACCGUUCGCUCGGUGCUCAGCCCCUUGUGUUAUCUUCCAACAUAUGGAGCCUGCAGCGGUGCAUGAUGCAUUUGAGGAGCGUCCGGGGGGAGAUGCCGGCGGGGGGAGGAGGACGUAGCACGCCGCUCCGCAGUCAUUCGCACCGCGCUCGCUGCGAGUGUCGAUCGCGUUUACAGUGCCCUUUCCUGUGUUUAGUGUUGUUUUUUUUCGUUUGUGAGACGUUAGUCGUCAUUCUCGUACAGCACCGCCGGUGUAAAAAUAAAGCCGGCGACAGACGACAGUGCGUCCAGUUAAAUUUAAAUGAUAGCGCGGACUGCGUUCAAGUCUAGUCUGGGACUCACCAGGGCCGCGACAUGAGACUAAGUCGGGGCAUCGUGUGCGAGUGCUCGGGGCCGAGCGCCUGCCCCGACGGCUCCUCCAACGGCACGUGUUCCACACAACCCGGGGGGUACUGCUUCGUCACGGUCGAGGAGGUGCUGGACGACGGCGGCCUGGUCGUCCUGGAGAGAAUCGCUGGCUGUCUACCUCCUGAUGAGUCAGGAUUCAUGCAGUGUAAAAGUUCCCAAGUGCCACACCAACACCCCAAAGUGAUAGAAUGUUGUGAGAAGGACCUCUGUAACCGUCGUCUCCGCCCUGUGUUGCCCGGUGGGUCGGAGGGCUCUCCGCCCGCCCUACCCGCGCCGCCGUCCAGCCCCGCCCCACCGGCGCUCGUGGCCGCCGCCCUGUGCGUGGCUCUCCUAGCCGCCCUGGCAGCCUUGUGGGUGCUGCUGCGGAGGAGGCGCUCCGGCAAGAGGCCGCCCUCGCCGCCCGUCAUCGCCGAUCAUCCCGAGAUUUCGUCCGGCUCGGGCUCCGGCCUGCCGCUCCUCGUGCAGCGGACGGUCGCCAAACAGAUACAGAUGGUGGAGUCCAUAGGGAAGGGACGCUACGGAGAGGUGUGGCUCGCGCGCUGGCGGGGGGAGAAGGUCGCCGUCAAGGUUUUCUUCACCACCGAGGAGGCCAGCUGGUUCCGAGAGACGGAGAUCUACCAGACGGUGCUCAUGAGGCACGAGAACAUCCUCGGCUUCAUCGCCGCUGACAUCAAGGGCACCGGAUCCUGGACGCAGAUGCUGCUCAUCACCGACUACCACGAGCACGGCUCGCUGCACGACUACCUGCAGCUGCACGUGCUGGAUCCCGACACGCUCCUCACCAUGGCCUACUCCAUCGUCAGCGGGCUGGCGCAUCUCCACAUGGACAUCUUCGGCACCAAGGGCAAGCCGGCCAUCGCGCACCGUGACAUCAAGAGCAAGAACAUCUUGGUCAAGAGAGAUGGCCAGUGCGCCCUCGCGGACUUCGGCCUCGCCGUGCGCUACGUGGCCGAGAGAGACGAGGUGGACCUCGCGCCCAACACUAGGGUCGGCACGCGGCGGUACAUGGCGCCCGAGGUCAUCGACGAGAAGCUCGACCUCUCGGAUUUCGAGGCCUUCAAGAUGGCCGACAUGUACUCGCUGGGGCUCGUGCUGUGGGAGAUGUGCCGGCGCUGCGCGGCGGGCGCGGGCGCGGGCGCGGGUGCCGUGGCAGCGGAACCCUACGCGCCGCCCUACCACGACCGCGUGCCGUCGGACCCGAGCUUCGAGGACAUGCACGCGGUCGUGGUGGUGGAGGGCGCCCGGCCCGCGCUGGCCGCCAGGUGGCGCCGCGUCCCCGCCACGGCCGCGCUGGCCGGCCUCAUGGCGGAGUGCUGGCACCACAACCCGCCCGUGCGACUCACCGCGCUGCGCGUCAAGAAGACGCUCGCCAAGUACCGCGCCGAGGGAGGCGUCAAGCUGGUGUGAGCUCGUCCCCCGUGUUCCGCGUCCGGUCGCCGGGGAGGCCGCGCCGCGACGCGUGAUGCCGCGACAAUAACAGAGAUAUAAUAUUUUCAUAAUAUUCCGUCGGUGCGGAGCGCGCUCGGACGCGCGGGACUCGCUCGCCUGUAGAUGUACUUAAAUGUGAAGAGACGCUCGCGGCGGGGAGUCGGGGCGGGGGCGCGGCGUCGCGAGCUCUGGUCGCCGCCGGUGGGUCGCCGGGUGGCGCUGCAGCAGGAGGGCCGUCAGGAAGCUCGGAGUCCGUUCCGUUGUUGUUAUACAGAUAUUGUAUAUAAAUGUACAAAUGUUUUGAAGCGAGUGAGCGGUCGCUAGCAUUUAGUGCGCGUGCGCACCUCACGCCUGUACAGUGUUGUGUAUAUGUAGUGUUGGAUUAGUGUAAAAAAUGUUGCUAUUAAGUUAAAAAUAAAAAAUAUUAAUGGA